AUGCCCAAAAACACCCCAGCGCCCGAUGAGCCCGUCGUCACUUUCAGCUCGGGCUCUGACGCGCCGGUUGCCCUGCGUCUUCUCCACCUCAAUGAUGUCUAUCAUUUGGAGCAGGCGAGCGCUGAGCCGGUGGGCGGUAUUGCUCGAUUCAUCACUGCCGUCAACGAGUACCGAGGCCACGAACGUUACCAAGGCCAGCCUGGGCUAGUGACUCUAUUUUCUGGCGAUGUUUUCAACCCCAGCCUCGAAAGUUCUGUCACAAAAGGUGAGCACAUGGUGCCGAUUCUCAACAAGAUCGGCGUUGACUGCACUUGCGUUGGUAACCAUGACUUCGACUUCGGAGUCAAGCAGUUCGAGCACUUGACCGCCAAGUGCAACUUCCCCUGGCUCCUCGCCAACGUCCUAGACCCGGCUUUGGGCGAAAAUGUCCCCCUCGGAAACGCCAAGCACACGCACAUGAUCACAUCAUCCAAUGGAAUCAAGAUUGGCCUCCUUGGCCUCGGCGAAAGAGAAUGGCUAGAGACGAUCAACAGCUUGCCGCCAAACAUUAUCUACAAGUCGGCCAGCGAAACAGCCAAGGAAUUAGUGCCACAGCUCCGGGCCCAGGGUGCCGACAUCAUCAUCUGUCUCAGCCAUCAGCGUGAGCCAAACGACAACAAGCUCGCCGAGAAGACCGACGGUCUCAUUGACAUAAUCCUCGGCGGACACGACCAUUACUACGCUCACAGUUUCGUGAAUGGCACCCACGUACUUCGGUCCGGCUCUGACUUUAAACAAUUGAGCUACAUUGAGGUCCGGAAGAAGCAAGAUGGUUCCGGAAAGUGGGACUUUGACAUUCUGCAGCGCGACAUCGUUUCCUCUAUCGCGGAAGAUCAAGAGACGCUAAAGCUCACCGAAGAGUUGACUUCCAAGCUGAAACACAGCUUGGCCAAGUCCGUAGGCUGGACAGCCUCGCCUUUGGAUGCAAGGUUCAGCACCGUCCGGAUGAAAGAGAGCAACAUGGGGAACUUCGUAUGCGACGUGAUGAGGCAUUAUCAUAACGCUGACUGUGCUAUAAUGGCGGCCGGCACAAUUCGCGGCGACCAGAUCUAUCCUCCCGGCGCGAUCAGGGUCAGGGAUAUCACCAAUUGCUUCCCGUUUGAGGACCCCGUCAUCUUCAUCAGAGUGACUGGCCAGCAGCUUUGGGAUGCCUUGGAAAACGGCGUUUCGAUGUACCCGGCACAAGAAGGUCGAUUCCCUCAAGUAUCCAACAUCGAGUACACCUUUGACCCGAGCAAGCCGGCCGGUUCCCGUAUUGUAGCAGCCACUCUCGGAGGUGGGCCGAUAGAACCGGAAAAGAAGUACACCCUCGCGACUCGAGGCUACAUGGGUAGAGGAAAGGAUGGAUUUACCAGUCUGCUUGUCGAACCCGAGGGCGGUACCGCUGAGGAGAUUGUCUGCGAAGAGAACGGCAUCCUCAUCUCCGCCAUGCUGCGCCAGUAUUUUAUGAGCCUUCGCACAGUCGGUCAGUGGAAAAACCUCAGCGAGCAUUGGGUCAGAGUCGCCGAAAAGUGCCACAGCCCAGUCGAGCAACGGAAGUUGUGGGAGACGCCGGCGGAGACGGGCACCUCGGACCCUAAGCCAAAGGUCGCGUCCAAGUCGUGGGCUGAGUGGAUGGUCAAACGACACGCACUGAACACAAAGCCUCCCAAGGAUGAUUCGGACGACGAGGUUGACUCUGAAGAUGAAGUGGAUCGUGUCGCGCAGAUUGAUAUGGAGAUGCUCAUUAUGCGUAAGUUCUUCGCCAGAUGGGCUAGCAAGGCGGGCGUCAAGGCUGAGGUGUGUGAUCCUCUGCAUGAGGGAGAGUUCACUGUCGACUGGACUCGUGUAAUUGCACCUGUUCUAGAGGGACGCAUUAAGAUGGUCCAUUAG